UGCGAUAUCUGUGCAUUAUUUGUUUACGAAUAAAUUGUUGUUUUUGUUUCAUAAAUUAUUUUAUAUUGUGUAAUACGAUGAGUAUAAUCAAAAAAGAGUCUCAAAGUGCGCCAGACCUGAGUGGAGUCCCCACAAAAGUUUUGGAGGGUGUUAAGCAUCCUUUGGAGCAUUCUUGGUCAUUUUGGAUGUUCACCAACGAUAAGAAGAAAUGGGAAGACAAUUUGAUAGAGCUCACUGCUUUUAACACCGUUGAAGACUAUUGGUCCCUUUACCACUACAUGAAGACUCCAUCAGAACUAAGUCUAGGGCAGGACUACUGCGUGUUCAAGAAAGGCAUCAGGCCGAUGUGGGAAGACGCAGCCAACAAGAAAGGAGGCCGUUGGCUCAUCACUUUUGAAAAAAGACGCGACGAUCUUGAUUGGAUAUGGCUGGAUACGGUUCUUCUGCUUAUUGGGGAGAAUUUCGAGAACAACGACUUGAUCUGCGGAGUGGUUGUUAACGUCAGAGCCAAAUGUAAAAUUAGUGUUUGGAUAAAAGACGCUUCGAAUCCGGCUGUCAAUAUGGAGAUUGGCAAGAAACUAAAAGCAGCACUAGGAAAUGUCAAAAUUGGCUUUCAACUUCAUGAUUCGAACAAAAAUCUUUACACUGUUUAGAUUCUUAAGCAUAACAGUUUAGUUAAACGAAAAAUUUACGAUUAAGUAAUCGAAGUGAAUUUAGUUUUUAUGAAGAUUGUGAUUUAAAUUCUUUGUUGGACUUAUUAGUACGUAAGCUAGAAAAGAAAAAC